AUAAAUAUAUCUGCCUGGUACGAGAAAAGCAGAAGGGAGCCCUGGAAUCGGCCUCGCCCUUUCGGUGUUGGCCAGCUUCAGUGUCCUCCACAGCUUGGCCAGCAACGAGACCACCUGCGGCCGCGACCACGCCGUACUCAGCCUCAUCACUCAACUCGACAUCCUGCGCCAGCCGACAUUUCCCACUUUGAAACAUCUCCCCCCAUUCGUAGCCUGAGUGGAGAGCCCACCACCAGACCACGCAGCGCCCCCAAGUGUCGGCUGCCCAAUAUCGCGCUCGCCGUCUUGUCAAGCCCGCGGCUUGGAUGGUGCGCAAUUGCGUCUAUCGCACGGCCCGCCGAACUAUUUCUAUCUCGACCUUUCCACCCACCAAUACCCUCCCCCAUCAAUCCUCAGCAACCUGUCGCCAUUUUUUCGAUUUUUGAUUUUACUCUAGCUCUAUACACUGCAACCUCACCCAAACGCAAGCACUAUGGGUCCUGGCAAUGAUCAACCCGAUGUCACCGCCAUCGACUUGGACGCCUUAGAAUCCAAGGUCAGGGCCUGGAAGGCAUGGGAGAGAGAGCAGGGAAUGCCCAUGCCCUUCAGCCCUGCUCAGAGACACGCAAUAUCAAUUCUCCUCCCACCCGACCCGGAGCCGAACCUCGAUGAUCGAAAUUACAUUGGCGAGCUCAAUGAAUGGAUUCAAAAGAAGUACGGUGCGAUUGUGUGCAAGCCGGACGAGGAAGUGCUAGUUGAGCCUUUCUCUAAGCAGAGCCGCUUCCGCGUGUGGUACAAACUACCCGGGGUCGAGGGGCAGUUUCCCAGGGAAAGAUUUGGCUACGCUCCUGGUGAGGAGGCUCCCAAAUUCUCGCAGAAGAAGAAAGCGAAACUAUUCGCUGCAAAGCAGGCUCUUGCUUGGCUGAACAGGGCGCCCACUUCAGAUUAUCCUCCCGGCAACCAUGACGAUGCUUCAGGUAAUGGUGGGGAGGUAGGGAAUAACGAUGGUGAUGGUGGUGACAGCAGCAGCGACAGCGGCAAAGGCAAAGGCAAGGUUGACCAUCCACGGCCCACAACGCAAAACUCUCCCGAAUCCAAGAAGAUGAAGAUCGAAGAUGCUGAGGUACAAGAUGGAGCCCCUAUCGGCCCUCGACCACUGUUUAGUGAAGCCUCUGUGAAGUCACUGGCCAACGACAACAUCAACGAAGACGAGGAAGAAAGCGCGUCCAUCUUCAAGCGUAUCGAGACAAAAUGCAAGAUGAUGGGUAUUGAUGCUCCACAGUAUAUAACCACUUGCGAGCCCGACGGCUGGUGUUGUCUACCGUGUUUCUGGGCCGACGGGCUGAUGCCCGAAGCCAUGGGCCUCGUCCGCAAUGCUCCGAAUAAGCCGCAGGCAAAGAUCAAGGCAGCGGAACGGGUGCUCGUGUGGUUAUCCACAGAGGAACAGAGGCGGAAUAAGGACAUCGAUACCAUGCUUGGGAAUAUGGUUCACAAGCUCCAAACCUGAUGUUGGCGAUGGUAAUUACGCAGAAUAUGGGCGGCGAAUUUGAUAUUGAGGACCGGAUCUUGGUCAAGUCAACGUCAUUAUUAAUAGCACGAUGAGUUCAUGGCAAUACUAUAUAUCGUUGCGU